CCUACCGGAAGCCUCCUUGUUGUUCUACCGUAGAGUGGAGAGACGCUGAAGACGAAGCUGACAGUUAGCAUUAGCGUUCUAUUAGCUCCGACCCAGUUAGCAUUAGCAUUCUAUUAGCUCCGAUACCCGGAGAGAAUUAAAGUUGUGACGUCACUGCUGCCCAUGCCGGCGUGAUGUCCUUUGCUGCGGAGCUGCAGCGGUGCCUGCUGUCUGCCGAGUCCCUGCUGCGGCGGGCGGAGCAGCUGCGGGUGGAGGGGCAGCAGAAGCUGGGGGGGCGGCUGCGGGCGGAGCUGCGCUUCCUGCGCCGCGUGGAGGCCGGCGAGCUGCACGUCCGCCACACGCACCUGCGCAGCUCCAACCUGGCGCACCUGUCCGCCCUGGUGCAGUCGGCCGAGAGCCUGGGGGGCGUGGUGGCGCUGCUGCACGUCUUCACCUACCGGUCCCCGGGGGGGGGGCGCCGCACGCUGGUGGUGGACGUGGUCGCCAACGGGGGGCACACCUGGGUGAAGGCCGUGGGACGCAAGGCCGAGGCCCUGCACAACAUCUGGAUGGGGAGGGGCCAGUACGGGGACAAGAGCAUCAUCAGCCAGGCGGAGGACUUCCUGCAGGCCAGCCUCCAGCAGCCCGUCCAGUACCAGCCCCCCCAGGUCGUCUUCGCCUUCUACAACGGCGUCUCCGCCCCCAUGGCCCAGCGCCUCCGGGACAUAGGCGUCUCCGUCCGAGGGGACAUCGUGGCUGUCAGCGCCGCCACCACCGAGGAAGAAGAGGAGGAGGAGGAGGAGGAAGAGGUCAGCGCCGCUACCACCGAGGAAGAAGAGGAGGAGGGGGGGGAGGGGGAUGAGGAGGGGGAGGGGACAGCUAAAGAUAAAGACAGCUGUAACCGUGACGACGCUGCCGGCGAGGAGGCCGAGCGUCCUGAGCCCCGUGUGCACGGCGAGGGGGGGGGCGUGCUGGCCCGCCUGGCGUUCCCCCCCCACCCCCCCGUGGCGUGCUGCCAGCGGGUCAACCUGGACAUCACCACCCUGAUCACGCUGGUGUCGGCGCUGAGCCACGGCCGCUGCCGCCUGGCGUUCCGGGAGCCCGUGCUGACGGAGCAGGCGGCGGAGGAGCGCCGGGCGCCGGUGCUGCCGCCGCUGCACGCCUUCAUGGCGGGGAAGGAGCUGUUCGCCUGCCGCGCCGCCGUGGACGACUUCCAGCUGAUCCUGCAGACGCUGGGGGGGCCGGGCGAGCGCCAGCGCGCCGCGGCGCUGCUGCAGCGCGUCACCGUGGUGGAGGACCGGCCCUCGCCACGCACGCUGCGCCUGGCGCCCAGCGCCAAGGUCACGCCGCGCUCGCUCAGCAUCUUCGGCACCGGGGACUCGCUCAGGGCCGUUACCAUGACGGCCAACAGCCGCUUCAUCCGCGCCGCGGCCAAUCAGGGCGUCCGCUACAGUGUGUUCACCCACCCCCCCCGCGCCCUCACCGAGGGGAAGGAGUGGAGGGCCACGCCCGUCUGACCGCCAGGGAUCAUGGGAGUUGGAGGCUGAUGCGGCCAGGGCUGAUGGGAGUUUGAGUCUCCAAGCAUUGGGCAGCAUCAGGCACAUUAAACCUUAAAUAAAGCUUAAAAAGCAUCAUUCUUUUUCUUUGAGAUUGUUUUAGGGUCACGUUUCACCUACGCUGCUACGGUGCAGCCGGGGCUGAUGGGAGUUUGACUCAGUUUAGCCGGGGAUGAUGGGAGUUUGAGUCGGUGCAGCCGGGGCUGAUGGGAGUUUGAGCUUUGAGAUUACUUUCUCACGGCAACGCUUUGGUUUAAGAAGAACGUCUGCUGUUAUGUUUUUGUUUCAAAGAUCAAUAAAGCUUCACAGUCAC